UGCUGAGCCAGUUUAAAUGGUGCCUGUAUAGUGCAAGGUGCACAUACCUCAGCCAUGGGGAGAGCGGAGCACACCAUGCAGUGGCUAUGCUGAGCUAACCUGGGAGAAACAUCAUCUGUGUUAUGUGCACCUCUGUCCUAGUUCAUUUAUUCAUUCAAAUUAGAGGAAACGAAGCAGGUUGUUGAACACAAAGCAGCAAGGAAGCAAGAAGAUUACAGAGGCUGGGGUAGACAUGCCUUGCUGAUGUGCCACAGAUUGAUCAUCCCAUUGUGCAAACUUGGGUUUCAUUUUUAGGCUACCAAUGACUGUCAGUGGAAGUAUGAGCAGUGGUUACUGCAGCCUGGAAGAAGACAUUGAAGACUAUUUUUUCACUGCUAGAGAGAACCUAUCAAGAAAGGCUGCAAAGGAUGCACCCAAAGAAGAAAGGACGCUUAGUGCCCAGGAGUUGAAACAAAAAAUUCACAGCUUCAACAAAAUAGUUCAAAAUGGCCUUAUUAUGAAACUGGCUGAAGAUGGCACUUUUACGGGCUUUAUUAAAGUGCACCUUAAGCUGCAGCGGCCGGUCACAGUGGUUGGCGGGUCUCAGCCAGCUUCCAACUCCAAUGCACAAAAGGAUGUGGUAGUUAAACCUGUUGAUAACAGGACCUCUUUUUACCUACCAUUGGAUGCUGUAAAACAAUUGCAUAUCAGCAGUGUAACAACAGCUAGUGAAGUUAUCAGAGGGUUGUUGCAAAAGUUCCAGGUUGUGGAUGAUCCAUUGAAAUUUGCCAUCUUUAAGAAAAUACAGAGAGAUGGACAGGUUCUUUUUCAGAAGCUUCCGCUGACUGAGCACCCUCUCUACCUGCGCCUUCUGGCAGGACCAGACACUGAAGUGCUGAGCUUUGUACUGAAGGAAAAUGAGACAGGAGAGGUACAGUGGGAAGCUUUUACAGUUCCGGAGCUGCAAAAUUUUCUUCUGAUUCUGAAGAGGGAAGAGCAUGAGAAAGUGCAGCAGGUACACAAAAAAUAUGCUACCUUCCGUCAGCACCUGCAAGAUGCUCUCAGUGAGGCCACAAGGAAACCUCUAUAACCAUUGUGAACAUGGAGAGUGAUGGGAAAGAUGGGGAGGUUACGCUGGCAGAGCAUAAAAAACAGUGAUUGGAGCAGAGGUGGUCAAUGCUUUUCACAUCCGUAAACUACCUGUUUUGAAGGAAUUAUACUAAGAAAAUAAUGAUUGUAACCCUUACAUUUUCUCUGCAACUGGUGCCUUCCCCUGUCAAUCAAAACCAGGAGAAAUUUGCACUUAUUGACCCUCUUGUGAAGACACCAUAAAUAUAUGAAACAAGGUUCCAACUGCUCAGGGACAUAGUGAUGACAAUUUUUUUGUCUCUUUAAAAGGCUUAAGUUUACCUUGCAAUAAGGCCCUCAGGGUCUUGGUUACCAACAGAUGAACAUGCUGAAGAAACCAUAUGAGCCAUCAGUAAAUUUACUCAGUCCACAAAGGUUGUUACUCUGCAGGCAAUUGCCUCUCCCUAUGUGAGAGUCUUAUUUAUUUAUUUAUUGCACAAGUUGACAUUACUCUAUCAGGGAGUGGGCAGAUUCUUUAUGGCUUACGGUGGCUUGCCAUAUUUUUUAUUUAUGAUCAUUAAAACGAAUGCCUCUACUUGUAAAAGGUGAAAAAACUAACAUAAAACCUACUAUACUAAUGGUGUUCCCCAAAACCUGGCAUGUAAUAGUUCAUACAAGAAAUUCUCUACCUGUUUCAGACAGAGAAAAAGAUUAUUUUUCUGGAUUCAAUUAAAGCAGCAUUACAUGAGUA